UUGCUUCUCUUAAGUUAUAUAUGUAAAAAUAUGUUACUUUUUAUAGCUUUUAAGUAACAUAAUGAUAUGAAGUAUCACUGAUCACGAUCCUGUACCAUACUUUGAACUUUCAGGUGUUUGCUCUUUGCACAGACAAUGAGAAUAAAAUGAAAAAAAUGAAGGAAAUUGUUCAACAAUCAUACCCCAACAUAUUGAUGUUUGGUUGCGCAGCUCAUUUAAUGAACUUAGUUGAGAAAGAUGUCACACCUCAGACAGUUUUGAAGCAUAUUGUAGAAGUGCAGAAGUACUUCAGGAAUGUACACCAACCUCAUGGAUGGCUGAAAGCGAAAAAGGGCCUCAUGCCACAGUUACCCAAUGAAAGUCGUUGGAAUUCACAAGCCGAGUGUGUGAGAACAUUUACUUCAAAUUAUCACCUCUAUCUCGAAAUUCAAACAGAACAUACAGAACAUUUUAAUGACAGCAUCAAGAAAAUAUUGGAUCACGUCGGCAUAUUCAGGGAGGCGACGCAACUUGUAAAACAACUGGAUGCUGUUGCAGCAACUUUAAAUAAGCUGCAGGCAGAUACAACAAAGUUGUCUGAUUGCGUGGAUAUAUGGCUGGAUAUAAUAGAAAACCCUGAUUUGGAGAACUAUGGUCAGUUUUUUAGAAAACGCUUCUUAGAAACUAUGCAGCCAUUUCAUUAUUUAGCCUACAUGCUAGAUCCAAGGAAAAAGGGAAAUAGAAGACUCACAAUGGAACAGCAGAAUGAGUGAGAAGAGUGGUUAAAUAUUCGACACCAUAAUUUUGUACCAUUUGUUCUGGCUUUCACAGCAGAAGAUACAGAAAUAUAUCCCAGCUCCAUGUUCAGACAAAGUGUCGUGAAAACGUUUUCUUCUGCAAAAUGGUGGAAAAUAUUGAUUUCCAAAAUUUCUGCAACUCAAGAACAUGAUGCCCAUCCAGAAAAUGCUGCUCUGCCAUUGCCAUUCUGCCAGUUUGUGUUCAACUUACACAGUGUUCCAGUUUCGUCUGCUUCUCUCGAAAGGAUUUUUUCAAACUUUGGCUACAUUUGGUCCAAGACAAGAAAUCGUUUGGGCACAGAGAAAGUGACAAAGCUUGCCAAAGUGUAUCGCCACUUGCGAGAAGCAAAUGACGAUUGACUGUUAUAAGUGUUGUUUAUCAGUUGUUCAGUAGUUUAGUAGUGCAUUAAAUUUAAUCAAACCAAUUGCGUAAUUAUUUUCCAAUUUAUAUGGUAUUUUAAAACAAAUUCGACAAAAUUUGAAAAAGACCACUUGUGAAAAAAUCCAUUGGUUUUUUUCGGGUGGAACCGUCCGAAAAAAACCGCUGGUUUUUUUUGGCCCGGGCCCACUUCCUGGAACCCUGGUGGGAACAGUUACGUAGA